CCUUGCCAUAAGAAGAUGAUAUAUCAGUGGUGCGUCAACGUUGACGUUGUUCGAAGAAUCACUCUCCCAACAAUGUGACUUCCAGAAUCAGAUUCCGAAAAUGUCUGUCUACUGCUCCAACUUUUACGGAUCAAUCCAGUGCCGCAACUUUGCGACUCGGUUCGGAGACCGAUGUGGUUUUUGCAAGGUUCACGAGCGAGGUAGACCCAUCAAGGAGGGCAAGUUGCCCAAUGCUCCAACCGCCUGGGAGCCAUGCAGUCCGACAAUCGAAGAGGAAGAAGAUGAAGACGACAAGACUACCAGCGGCUCAACACUGUGUGCUUCAACAGGAAGCUCAACAAGCGAGACGCGAUCACGGCAGAACUCGACAUGAUGAAGGACUGAAGCACGUAUGGAUUGAAAUUGAUCUCUUGGAGGGCCCAUGGAAAUCGACGGCCAGAUCUCACACGAGGAGGGUAAGGCCCUACAGAAUGAACACUAGAUGUUAAUCAUAAUGAUAUCACGGUCCGAUCCAAUCAA